CGGGCGGAGACUCGGGGCGGGACGUGCGGCGCGGAGAAAAGCGCCGGCCCACCGGCCAGCGCCGGGCCGCCUAGGUGAGCGUGCCGAGGCGACAGCUGUGGACCUGCCAGGUGCCGCCAUGUGGUGCUCCCUGUUCCUGCUGCUCCUGGCUGUCGGCGGAGUGCGGACCACCCGGCCGUGCUUUCCCGGGUGCCAGUGUGAGGAGGAGACUUUCGGCCUCUUUGACAGCUUUAGCCUGACUCGGGUGGACUGCAGCAGCUUGGGCCCCCACAUUGUGCCUGUGCCCAUCCCUCUGGACACAGCCCACCUGGACCUGUCUUCCAACCGGCUGGAGACGGUGAAUGAGUCGGUGCUGGGGGGGCCGGGCUAUACCACGCUGGCAGGCCUGGAUCUCAGUCACAAUCUCCUCACCAGCAUCGCACCCACUGCCUUCUCCCGCCUGCGCUACCUGGAGUCUCUCGACCUCAGCCACAACGGCCUGGCAGCCCUGCCGGCUGAGGUUUUCACUACCACCUCCCUGAGUGAUGUCAACCUCAGCCAUAACCGACUACGGGAAGUCUCCAUAUCUGCCUUCUCCACCCACAGCCAGGGCCGGGCACUGCACGUGGAUCUGUCCCACAACCUUAUCCACCGCCUGCUCCCCCAUCAGCCCCGGGUCAGCCUGUCUGCACCUACCAUUCAGAGCCUAAACCUGGCCUGGAACCGGCUCCGCGCCGUGCCUGAUCUCCGAGACCUGCCCCUGCGUUACCUCAGCCUGGAUGGGAACCCCCUGACUGCCAUCAACCCAGGUGCCUUCAUGGGGCUGGCGGGCCUCACCCACCUGUCCCUGGCCAGCCUACAGAGUGCCCUCCAGUUAGUACCCCAUGGCUUCCGGGAGCUCCCGGGCCUGCAGGUCCUGGACUUGUCAGGCAACCCCACGCUCAAGUGGGCAGGAGCCGAGGUGUUUUCAGGCCUGGGCUUGCUGCAGGAACUAGACCUGUCAGGUACCAGUCUGGUACCCCUACCUGAGAAGCUGCUCCAUCAUCUCCCUGCUUUACAGAGUGUCAGUGUGGGCCAAGAUGUGCAGUGCCGGCGCCUGGUGCGGGAGGGUGCCUAUCCCCGGCAGCCUGGCUCCAGCCCUAAGGUAGUCCUACACUGUGGAGACACGCAGGAGUUUGCUGCCAGGGGCCCAGACAUCUUGUGACAAAUGGCAUGGCCUGGGGCCACUGGAAAGACUGUCGUCCUGUGCUCGCUCAGGUCCCAGCUAACUUAUAUUUUAAUGUGCCAAUGCCUGUGGGGGUCCACAGGUCUGUGUGGCAGCAUCUCAGUAAAGCUGUGGGCCGGGGAUAGCGUUCCUACCUGGAGCCUAUAACCAGUAGCAAAAUCUACCCAUUUGUCUCAGUGGCUCACUUCCCAGAACUGUGAGCAGAGGGACAUUGUUGCCAACCAGACUCUGGUCCCUUCCCGAGCCCCUGCCCUAGUUGUCCCUAAGUGCCUUCCCUUUGGUCCAGGCUGACCUGACCCGUGGCGUGAGAGCGUGGGUGGGCGCCACCGUUGCAAAUGCUGACUCGGGUCGUCUGACUGAGGGUUCCUUUGAGCACAGUAUCUCCUCACAUCGUCUGUGCUCUGGGCCUGUGAGGCCAGCUUUUUCCCCAUUCCCAUGGAAUCCUGGGUAGACUCUUAAUUAUAUAGAAAGAUUUAGAGAGAAAAUCAAAUCUGGCCUCCUCGGAGGACAGAUGGGAAUAAGGGACCGGGAGCAGCAAACAUGCUCACCUGAGGUCUUUAGAGGCGUGGAGAGCCCAGCCUCCUGCUGAGGUUGGGGGCUGUGUACUUUCCUCUCUGAUAUCCAUCCCUCCGUCUUGCUGGGCACCCUAUUACCUUGUCCAUGCUCUAUCUCCUCACGCCCAGCAGCAGCGACAAGGUCAUGGGGAUGGGACUCUAGGUCCAGUGGCCAGUUUAUGAUACGAGCAAAGUCAGUCUGCCCUUCAGAGCCUCAGAAGCUCGGGACACACCAGUCCCAAGCCCGUCAGUUUCUCAGGUGGGGGCCCCCUAGCAUCAAGACUGGAAAGGUACAGAUUCUCCCCAGAGACCCUGCCUCAAGAUGCUUCCUGAGAAGUCCGUGGAAUUGUCCUCCAGGAGGGGGGCAGACAGACAGGGUUUCCCCUUCCCGUUGUGUUUCUCCCCGGGGUCACAUCUCAGAUCUCCAGCCCUGGGUCCCUUCCUUUGUCUUCUUCAUCUUGUCAUUGCCUUUUCUUCAACUGUUACCUUUAACCCCACCUCUGCUGGCCGGGGAUGGAAAUGAAGAGAAACGGAUUUGUUCACUUUUGUAAGACUCUUCGGGGCUCGUGUUGGGGGUGCUGGGAAGAAGCCAGCUAUCGGUGACCACAUGGGCACUGGGGCUGGCCCCGGAGAUGCCCACGAGGCAGUGAGAGCUCUGUCUUCCCACACUAGCUCCGCCCAGCCCCUGAGUGGUCCUUGGUUUAAUAAAUA